AUGGCCUCAAACACUAAGCCAGUGGUCAGCUUCCUGGGUCCAGUGGCGUCCUAUUCGCAUCAGGCAGUUCGGCAAGUUUUCCCGGAGGAUAAAUGGGAAUUGAGACCCGUGAACACUAUAGAUGGUAAGUAUGUUUUCGAUGAGGUCCAGGAUCGUCAGGUCACGGCUGGUGUUGUGCCUUUCGAAAACUCCACCAAUGGCUCCGUGGUCUUCACCUUGGAUAACCUAGCCGACCGAGAUGGCCGGUACAAGGAUAUCACUGUUGACGGCGAAAUUUUCGUCGAUGUUCACCACUGCCUGCUUGGCCGCAAAAAUCCGGCAGGAAAGCUAGAUGAAUCUCACGAAGCUUCUGGAACUUGUACUCCAACCCUGACGGAUCCCAGUCCAUCUAAGCCCAAGUCGAAGCCUCUCAGCAGCCUCAGCCAUAUCAGACGACUUUACUCACAUCCCCAGGCCUUCGGACAAUGCAACGCCUUCAUAUCCACCUAUCUCAAAGGCGUGGAGAUUAUCGAUGUCAGUUCGACUAGCAAAGCCGCUGAAAUUGUGAGCCAAGACGAAACAGGCACGUGGGCUGCCAUUUCGAACCAGCUAGCUUCGAAUCUGUAUGGUCUUGACAUGUUGGGUAAGAAUAUCGAAGACAGAGAAGAUAACACAACCCGCUUCUUGGUAAUCGGGACCAAUCCUGCUGUACCGGACGAUUGGGACCUGCAGAAGCUGGCCAUUGCCAAGUCAGGGAGCAAGUCACUCGUUUCUUUUACGGUGCCACAUACAUCUCCUGGCGCGUUGGCUGAUGUGCUGGGUUGUUUCCGAGAAUUUAAUCUCAAUUUGACCAGUAUCAAUAGCCGACCUAGUCUUCUGGCACCAUUUCAGUACAUAUUUUUUGUUGAAUUCGAAGGACACAAGUAUGACGAUCCUGACGGUCGAGUGAAGGGGGCAUUGGAAAAGAUCAGCCGAGUUGCUCACAACUGGCGAUGGCUGGGAAGUUGGGAGCGAUAUAGGUAG